AUGGAACUUGGAGGAAAUGGAGGCUUCACUGGGUACCGCAGGUUCCCCCAACCAAACUCCGGGAUGACGAGAGCAGCAGAGAUAAGCAUGGGACUGCCAUCUAAAACAAGCCAUAAUACUCCACCAUCGUCCUCGUCCUCGUCCCCUGCCGCCGCUGCUGAUCAUACGAUGAUGGACGGUGAAUGCACGGUCCGGGAGCAAGACAGGUUCAUGCCAAUAGCUAACGUGAUCAGAAUCAUGCGUAAGAUCCUUCCCCCACAUGCUAAGAUCUCCGAUGAUGCCAAGGAAACUAUCCAGGAAUGUGUAUCGGAGUACAUUAGCUUCAUCACCGGAGAAGCCAAUGAGCGUUGCCAGCGCGAGCAGCGAAAGACUAUCACUGCUGAGGACGUGCUUUGGGCCAUGAGUAAGCUUGGCUUCGAUGACUACAUUGAGCCUCUAACCCUAUAUCUCCACCGCUUUCGUGAGUUCGACGGCGGUGAGCGUGGCUCUCUAAGGGCCGCUCAUGAUCUUGCAGUGGGGAAGAGGGCAAAUAUUGAUCAUCUAGCUGCAGCUGCUGGCUUCGGAUUAGGAGGCGGAGGCUUUGCAACCUAUCCCCCGCCUCAUUUUCACUUGCCUCAUCACCCUCCUUUAGUCGCUGCUGGCUUCUUCACCACCGCUGCUGUUCCAUUUCACAUGAACGGGUUUCUCAAAGAUCCAUCCUCAACCGGAGGGGGCCAAGCAACUUCUUCCCAGGCUACUGCUGCUGUGGUGGCUAAUGACGGUGGUCAUCAAGAACAAGCAUUUGACAACUGCAAGGAGUAG